AGCAAUUCAGCGCGUCGGGCUUGUCCAAGUAAACUUUGUCUCCCAAUGCACAUUAAGGAGAUAACGAUUCAGGGUUUUAAAUCCUACAAGGAACAGAUUUCAUUCGAUCCAUUCAGUCCGCGCCACAAUGUCGUCGUUGGUCGCAAUGGUUCGGGAAAAAGCAAUUUCUUUGCCGCCAUUCGGUUCGUCUUGAGCGAUGCUUAUCAGAGUAUGGGGCGUGAGGAGAGACAAGCGCUUUUACAUGAGGGGACUGGGCCAGCUACCAUUUCCGCCUAUGUGGAGAUCGUAUUUGACAAUUCAGACAAUCGCUUCCCGACUGGAAAGCCAGAGUUGCAAUUGCGAAGAAGUAUCGGUCUGCAGAAGGACGAAUAUUCCCUGGACGGCAAAAGUGCAACUAAAACCGAUGUGAUGAACCUUUUGGAAGCAGCAGGAUUUUCCAGGUCUAAUCCUUACUACAUUGUUCCUCAGGGAAAAGUUACGGCUCUCACCAAUGCCAAAGAUGCCGAUCGAUUGCAAUUGUUGAAGGAAGUUGCUGGUACAAAAGUAUAUGAACAACGGCGUGCUGAGUCCACGCGUUUGAUUGCGGAAUCUGACGCCAAACGAUCGAAAAUUGACGAAUUACUCAAAUACAUUCAAGAGAAAUUGGGAGAACUCGAGGAGGAGAAAGACGAAUUGGAUCAGUAUCAGACAUUGGAUAGAGAGCGAAGAUCUCUUGAGUACACUAUUUAUGCUCGCGAACUGGCCGAUGCCAACAGAAAGCUCGAAGAGUUGGAAGAAAACCGAGCAAGAGAUGUAGAAACUAGCGCAAUCAAGCAGCAGCAACUUGCCGAUAACGAGACUUCACUCAGUGAACUGGAAUCUCGACUUCGUGCCGUUGAGCAACAAGUGGAUUUGCUUGAUCUCGAACGCACACAAGUGUUGGAAGACCGAGAAGCAUUGUUGAAAAGCAAAGUUCAAUUGGAAUUGAGUGUUGGUGAUUUGGAAGAAAGUCAAUUGUCAGAGCAAGAUUACAAAGCCAAGGUCGCAGCUGAGCAACAAAGCAUUGAAGCUGAGAUUGCUACUAAAGAGAAUGAACUUGCAACUAUACUUCCGCAAUAUGACGAAAUUAUGGCCCAAGCAACAUCUCUCCAGAAAGAAUUGGCCAAUGCUCAACAGCAGCAACAAGCCUUGUUUGAUAAACAAGCCCGUCUCUCAAGAUUUGCAUCCAAAGCCGAACGCGAUUCAUGGCUUCAGAGUGAGAUCACAGAAUUGAGCAGUACCAUUGAGUCACUUCGUCAACAGGGCAUGCAAACAGAGCAAGCAAAGGCGAACAUCGAGCAACGUUUGGAAAGGUUGGACUCGGAAUUAGCAAAGGCGAAGGAAGAGUCGAAUACACGCCAAGCCGAAAUUGAUGCUUUAGAAGAGGAGCACAGCGAGCUUCGAAUUCAACGAGACGAACUCACUGAAAACAGAAAGGAAAUGUGGAGAGCUGAUGCCAAAUUGGAUACGAUCCUUCAAAACUGUCGUGACGAAGUUCGUAAGGCGGAGAGAAUUUUAUCCUCUGCUGUUGACAAGAAAACAAGCGCUGGUCUUGCUUCUGUCAGACGCAUUACUCAGAAACUUGGUCUGAAUGGCGUCUAUGGCCCACUUUAUGAACUCUUUGAAGUUGAUGAACGGUUCCUUACAGCUGUUGAAGUUACUGCUGGCGGCAGUUUGUUCCAUGUAGUUGUGGACAACGACGAGACAGCAACUAGGCUAAUGGAAGCUAUGGCGGCUGAAAAGGCUGGUCGUGUAACAUUUAUGCCCCUCAAUCGCUUAAGGACUCGUCCAACUGUAUACCCCAACGGCGCUGACGCUAUACCUAUGAUGUCUAAGCUUACAUUUGAUCCCAUGUUCCAGAAAGCGCUCGAGCAGGUGUUUGCACGAACUAUAGUUUGUCAAAACUUGGCGGUGGCAGCUGCAUACUCAAAAUCUCAUGGUUUCAACGCUAUAACGCUAGAGGGUGACAGAAUUGAUAGUCGCGGUGCUUUGAGUGGCGGUUAUCACGACACACGACACUCUCGGCUCGAAGCAGCUAAGAGUAUGAAAAAAUGGGAGGCCAAACUUCAAGAAGAGAUUGAUAGAGGUGUCCGUAUCAAGGAGGAUAUAACCAGAUUGGAUCAAGAGAUUACAAAGGUUCUGAGCAUGGCCCAGCUUGCAGAUACGAAGCGCCGCUUAGCGCAAGAUCAAAAAGAUCCUCUUGCUCUCCGGUUACAGGCUAUCCAUAAGGAACGAGAGACAUUGACAGCAAAUCUGAGCAUCAAGGACAAGGCAAUCGAGACGUUGCGAUCAAACAUUGAGCAAACCCAAUUCCAGCUGCAAGCGUAUCAACAGGAACUAGCCUCCGACGUUAGCCAAGAGUUACCUGAAGACGAACAAAUUGUUCUUCAUCAGCUCACGUCUCAGACGGAACACUUAAAGAACUCUCUCAGCAUGAUAUCAGCUGCGCGAUCAGAGAUUGAAGCCCGGAAACGAACUCUAGAAGAUGAACUUGAUGUUAAUCUCAAGCGUCGCCGCGACGAUCUAGCCAUGAAGCAAACUCUCAUGCGUAAUACUUUGGAUGGAAAGCAGCUUGCUAUUGUUGAAAAGAAACUGAAGCGUGCGGAAAAGAGGAUCGCUAAGGCUACAUCACGGUUGUCAGAAAUCGAGAGCGAGUUAGAAGAGUUCCAAAGCCAAUCUCAAAGGCACACAACAGAUUUAGAGGAACUACGAAAUCAACAAAGUGAUAUCAACCGCAGUCUCCAUCGACAAGAAAAGAGCGUUGAAAAGUAUUUACUCAAGAGAUCGCUGCUACUCCAAAAGAAGAACGAGUGCACUUCCAACAUUAGAGAUCUGGGUGUGCUGCCAGAAGAGGCGUUUGAACGAUAUACCAGGAUGAGCAUGGAGAAGCUAUUGAAGCGACUUCACAAGACCAACGAAAAUCUCAAGCAGUAUUCGCAUGUGAACAAGAAGGCAUUUGAACAGUACAGCAACUUUACCAAGCAGCGGGGGCAACUUAUGAACCGAAAGAAGGAACUGGACAAAUCCUCCAGAUCGAUUGUUGACUUAAUUAAGGUUCUAGAUCAAAGAAAAGACCACGCGAUCGAACGUACGUUUGACCAAGUGUCGAAAAACUUUGCCGAAGUCUUUGAAAAGCUGGUUCCAUCUGGUCGUGGCCAACUUGUCAUGAUUCGUAAAGACCAAGAGGAUACCAACGACAUGGACACUGAUAACGACCAUUCUUCAACUGAUAACUACUCUGGUGUUUCCAUCAAGGUAUCAUUCAACAGUAAGACCGACGAAGGCUUGAUUAUGCAACAGCUCUCUGGAGGACAAAAGUCUUUGGUUGCCUUGGCUUUGAUCUUUGCCAUUCAAAAAUGUGAUCCUGCACCAUUCUAUCUGUUUGACGAAAUUGAUGCCAAUCUGGAUGCGCAGUAUCGUACUGCGGUUGCUGCUAUGAUCGAGGAAAUGUCAGAGCACGGCCAGUUCAUAUCAACCACAUUCCGACCAGAACUUCUGGCCAAUGCUGAUAAAUUUUAUGGCGUAACGUUUAACAACAAGGUAUCCCAUAUCGAUAGCAUUACAAAGGAAGAUGCCAUGGGUUUUGUUGAACAGGAACAGGCACAGUGAGCUUUAGGCAAUGAUUGAUCAAAAUAUUUUUUGCGUAAACAACAAUACAUAGGUUUUUUUACAGGCAAUACAAAAGACUAUUUUUAAUUUCGAGAGGGAGGGUUGGGCUGGGCAGAGCUGAGCAGAGAGGAAAACGU